AUGAACUGGACAGGAGGCCGGUUACGCCGACAUUCAUCUCGACCUGGCACUUUGACCAAGAAUCAGCGAGAGAGCCUUUCCAAACCACGCCAAGUAACGCACAGAGUACCCGCUGCAGCUGUCCCGUUUCCCGGGUUUGCAGCUCUCCCAUUCCAAUCUCAGGAACAUGUUCAUGCUGCAGAACCGAACCAGUCAAUAUAUCAUUAUGAUGGAGUACCAAAAACAUGUUCCCCGCGUGACUGUACUAACCUGGAUGCGUCACCCAGAUCUAAAGUUAACGAUGCCAAUGCAUCUCAACUCAAGGCAGAUUCACGACCAGCUCCUAAAAAACCAGGUGUAUUGAAACACGCGCUACUCCAACAAACAGACUGGGCAAACUUGUCUUUGGCACGUCCACUGGAUAUCAAUUUUGCUUCAACAGAGGAGCGCGAGCGUUUCGGAAAGCGGAGAAAAUUAACAGACAGCGACCGGCAACGCUUAUCACUUGACAAUGCAACUCGGACCCUGCCAGGAUAUUUCCCAUGUCACAAAAUCGGUGUAGACUCUUCUCAACAGGAUAUUGGACACAUCCAAGUCCACAUCAAUGGGCAACCUGCCGGUUCUCAUCCGCGUGACAAGGGUGAUAAUCAAGCACCGAAUACUCUCCCAUCAUCACAUCCAAUGCUUCUAGAUGACGAAGGCGUUAUCUCGCCUUUCCAAUCAAGCUUACCUGGAUCUCAAAAACUUCCACAGCUAACCCCGUGGAAUCUAGCCUCGUAUCGGCUCUCGCUGCCGCCAAGCCACAACCGUGCGCCACUUCGUAUGCAAGAGCCACAACCCACAACCAAAGAUGACAUGAUAGAAACGUCCAAUUCUCUUGACACCCGCUUAUCCCAGAAUUUAGACUCCGCAGAGAAUUAUAUGAAGGACUCAAUGCAUCACACUCAGAUGGAACCAAUACAAAGUCCGUCUCCCGCAAGCCCGUAUCGAAAUACGCACAACUCGCCUUUAGAAAAUCACCACCAUUCUACCCUUGGCGGCCAACUCUUUGCAAAACAGUUACAACUGAAUAUCACGCCAUUCUCAUGUCAACAAUCUCCCCGUGACUCAUCUCGUAGCCCCUAUGGAAUAUCCGCCCCGUCACCAACACUCAUUCUUGCCAAUGCACCAAGCGUACCCAGCGUACCCACCACACCCAAUGCAGCUGAUAUACCCGAUGCAUCCAAUGGGACCAAGUCUUUCAGUUGGCUUCCAAGCCUGCGUCCACUUCCAUCUUUCAGGAGUCCUAUGAACACUCGGGGCAGAAACCUUCAACAAGCCGCAGUUCAUGAGACCCCUAACACAGUCCCGCCGAGCCCAUCCUUGAAUGUUACAAAGGCUACUACCAACCCCGCAGCAGUGGAAAUAUUCGGUCAAAUUGUUCAACUUGAGGGGGGGAACAACUUUAAAUUCUCAUGA